AAGCAAAUACGUUGUACAGUUUCCGUUGACGCCGGACAACCAACCCAUGGAGGUCGUUCCCCUCAAUCCAGACCGCUCAAAGAAGGCGGCGGAGGGGUUCGACGGCGAUGUUCCUGCGGCGAAGUUUGGGAGGAAGAUGAAGAGGGGAGCGGCAGGGGACUUUGACUGUAACCAUCUGCUGUUCGGGACAAAAGGGACUUACGGGUAUGGGAACGCGAUUAGAGAGGAGGAAGACGAAGCAGGGGAGCGUGAGAGUUUCGACGGCAAGACGUGGCGGCCGCUCACUCAAAAGCUUAAGAUUCCGGCGGCCAUACUGAGUCCUUACAGGCUUCUAAUCGGCGUCCGGGCGGCAGCUCUUGCACUGUUCCUCACUUGGCGAAUAACCCACAAGAACGGAGACGCCAUCUGGUUGUGGGGCAUCUCCCUUGUCUGCGAGCUCUGGUUCGCCCUCUCAUGGCUCAUCGAUCAACUCCCCAAACUCUCCCCCAUCGACCGCGCCGCCGACCUCUCCCUCCUCCACCAAAAAUUUGAGUCUCCCUCCCCAUCCAAUCCCACCGGCAAAUCCGACCUCCCCUCCAUCGACAUCUUCGUCUCCACCUCCGAUCCCGACAGAGAACCCCCUCUGAUCACCGCCAACACGAUCCUCUCCAUCCUCGCCGCCGAUUACCCCGUCGAGAAACUCACCUGCUACCUCUCCGACGACGCCGCCUCCCUCCUCACCUUCGAAUCCAUCGCCCAAGCUGCCUCCUUUGCCUCCCUCUGGGUCCCCUUCUGCCGCAAACACCGCAUCGAACCCCGCAACCCCGACAGCUACUUCUCCCUCAAUCGCGAUCCAUACAAAAACAAACUCCGGCCAGACUUUGUUCGUGAUCGCCGCCGCGUCAAGCGCGAAUACGACGAAUUCAAAGUACGCAUCAACAGUCUCCUGGAGUCCAUCCGCCGCCGCUCCGAUGGCUUCCAGGCCGAAGAGGAGCUCAAAGCCUCCUCCAUCGACCCAACCGUUAAGAUUCCUAAAGCUACAUGGAUGGCCGACGGCUCCCACUGGCCCGGUGCGUGGGCGAAUUCCGCCGCCAAUAACUCCCCUGGAGACCACUCUGCUAUCAUCCAAGUCAUGCUCAAACUCCCACAAGACCAUCCCAUCCUCGGCGGCGCCGCCGUGAUCGAUUUAUCAGAAGUAGACAUCCGGCUGCCUAUGCUCGUCUACGCGUCGCGAGAGAAACGCUCGGUUUCCAACCAUCACAAAAAGGCCGGCGCCAUGAAUGCUCUGUUGCGUGCCUCUGCUAUAAUGUCUAACGGACCUUUCGUUCUAAACCUCGACUGCGACCACUAUAUUUAUAACUCGCAGGCGCUGCGCCAAGGUAUGUGCUUUAUGAUGGAUCGCGGCGGCGAUCGCAUUGGUUACGUUCAAUUUCCGCAGAGAUUCGAGGGGAUUGACUCUUCGGAUCGAUAUGCAAAUCACAACACCGUCUUCUUCGAGGUCAAUAUGCGCGCGCUCGAUGGCUUGCAGGGCCCUCUCUACGUCGGCACCGGAUGUCUCUUUCGCCGCAUUGCUCUUUACGGCUUCGGACCGCCGCGCGCGAAGGAUUACCGGUCCAUUCACCUGCAGCCGGACUUAUCGACUUCUAGUAGCGGCAAAUUCGGCAACUCGAUCUUCCUGCUGGAUUCCAUUCCCGUGACGGAGUACCAAGGCCGACCGCUCGCCGACCACCCGUCGGUGAGAAAUGGCCGCCCUUUUGGAGCGCUAAUGUUCCAACGCGAUCCGCUCGACGCCUCCACGGUGGCGGAGGCCAUUAACGUGGUGUCAUGCUUGUACGAGGAGAAGACGGAAUGGGGGACUCGGAUUGGGUGGAUAUACGGUUCGGUCACCGAGCACUUUGUGACGGGCUACCGGAUGCAUAACCGCGGGUGGCGGUCGAUCUACUGUGCCACCAAAGGUGACGCCUUUCGAGGCAAAGCGCCCAUUAACCUCACGGACAGGCUCCACCAGGUUCUCCGUUCUGCAACUGGUUCGGUGGAAAUCUUUUUCUCACGCAAUAAUGCUCUGUUCGCUACCUCCAAGAUGAAAUUUUUGCAGCGCUUGGCUUACUUCAACCUUAGCGUUUACCCCUUCAGCUCUUUCUUCCUCACUGCCUACUGUUUCCUCCCGGCGCUUUCGCUCUUCUCCGAACAGUUUAUUGUGCAGAGCCUAGAUAUCACCUUCCUCGUUUACCUACUUGUCAUUGCCCUCACUCUCUGUCUUCUCGCCAUUUCAGAGCUCAGGUGGUCUGGGAUUGAGCUCGAGGAAUGGUGGCAGAAUGAGCAGUUUUGGUUCAUCGGCAGCACAAGCGCUCACCUUGCUGCCGUGUUGCAGGGGUUGCUUAAAUCUGUGGCUGGGAUUAAGGUCUAUUGUUCUCUUACCUCAAAGUCGGCCACCGGCGACGUUGACGGCGGCGGCGAAGAAAACGACGAUGAGCUCGAUGAUCGCUACGCCGUGAAAUGGACAUGGCUGAUGGUUCUUCCUCUGACAAUCAUCUUGGUGAACUUGAUCGCCAUUGCUGUGGGGGUGAGCAGAACCCUGUACUCCAUUAUUCCGCAAUGGAGCCGGCUGCUUGUUGGAUUGUUCUUUAGCUUCUGGGUGCUGGCUCACCUCUAUCCUUUCGCUAAAGGUUUGAUGGGGCGGAGAGGGAGAACGCCGACUAUCGUCUUCAUAUGGUCGGGACUGAUUGCUAUCACAAUCUCGCUGCUGUGGGUGGCCAUUAAACCUCCUUCGGCCAAUUCUCGGAUUGGUGGUUCAUUCUUCUUCCUAUAAACAUAAUUGCAGUAGGUUUAAUGUAAUCAUGAGAUUAAAACAUAAACUUUAAGAUAAUCCAACACAUUAGCAUUAAUGAAAGGGAAGGCUUGAAGGAUUUAUUACCUGG